AUGGUCAAAUGUAGUGGAUUGGAAAGGUUAGCCAGAAUAUUCACUUCAUUACACUGGUGGUGUUAAGACUUGAAGUAACAUUCUGCCAAAAUACACCGUAAAUUUGCAUGGGGCACAGUUUUCUGCCCACAUGUAAAAAUCCCAUCACCUAAAUUACGGUGAUCUUGAUUAUUAUUUAAUAAAAAAACAUUCUUUAUUAACAUUGACUGUUGGGUGGACGUUAUAAUGUUUCAGUGUGCUCGUUCUUUUUGUAAGACUAAAAGGGAUUUUGACAAAUAUAGUGAACGAGUUAAGAGGCUGGCGUCGCCCCAGCUGUACGUCUUAAUUGACUUUGCUCAGUCUUCACUUAAGUCAGCAAAGAAAUAACAAUUUAUACUUAGCAGAUAAUUUUUGUUUCCAUUCUGCACUAGACCCAUGCCAUUAUACUUCAAGCCAAAGAUUUCAAUCUAGCAAAAUGGUUAAGCACAAGGUUUUCCCUUUCCCAUACAGCACCCCCAGAUAAAAUGCAUAAAGAGAGGUGUUAUAAAUAUAAAUCACUACCCCUAUUUCACACAGCACACUUCCAAGUUCCCCCCUCCAACACCGGUUCAGAGUUAGGUUGUUGCAAUUCCUUUGAUGUGCUGUAGCUUUGAGCCACCUAUCACUUGUACAAUUAUUCUAUAAUGAUAUUAAAGCCUCGGACCUGGUGCCAAUUAGAUUAGUUCUUAUAGAAUGACCCGCAAUGUCUUCAAAGAUGUCUGAGACAGUUUAACAAUAAUAAUGAUAAUAAUAAUAAUGAUUUAUAUUAGUAAUGGAUUUUUAUUAGGCCUUUUUACAUUGUUUGUGUGCAAGGCGCAAGACCAUUGCUCUGAUGUUUGAUGUAAAUAACAAUGAGCGUAACUGAAUUACAAUGUCUUUCUCUUUCUCUGUGUGUGUACAGGACCCCAGAUCAGUGCCCUAGUGUGGUGUCCCUCCUGUCAGAGAGCUACAACCCCCAUGUGCGCUGCGGGGCUGCCAUGGCCCUGGGCAUCUGCUGUGCCGGGACAGGCAACAAGGUGAGUGCCCCUUCUUCCACGUCAUGUACAUCCUUUCCCGACCAACCUCCCUCCCUCACCUCUCUGUGAACAACCUGCAAAUUCUAUUGUCCAGUCCAAAAUCAGCCCAUAGGCUUACCUGGAGACACUUCUUAAUGCAGCCUCAUGAAUCUAAAAUAAUUAAAAGGGUCUAUGAAAUAUUGUGAAAGCUCCUCCUAGUCUGCCACAGGGCUGUGUUGUAUCCCUCCCACACACCAUGCGUGUAGCAAAAUAACGUAAGUCAACAUGAUUUAAAUGUGUUUUCGGAAGGGCUGUGGUCACCAUUCAAGGAAUACAUUAAAUAUAUACAUGUCUUGGUAGUGGGGAGCAAUUGUAUUGUUUUUUUCACAGAUCCAUUAUUUUAGCAACCCUAUAUUCUUGGCAGCCCUGGUGUGAAGGGGAGGAUUGGCAGAGCACACUGUCAUAUGACCCUAAAUAUUUUUAUGUGCUACUUGGAAUUACAAUUUAAGAGGACCAGUGAUUCUACAGCUAAAAAUAAUAAUAAUCUCACAUCUGUGCUGUUUGGGAGCGAUGUUGUUGGACUACAUAUUGUUGUUUCCUCUUCAAGUGAUACAUUGUAUCAUUUCGCUUGACCGUGAGAGCCACAAGUUCUUUCAAGUUUCUCAGUGUAUAUUCUGAAGGUUUGCAUUAAAAUAAAGUGUGUAGCCUACUACAUAUCACUGGUGUAGCCUAUAGGCCUACUAUUACAUUUUUUUCACAGCAUCUGACCUGAUUGGAUCCCCCUCACCUACUGAACAAACAUGCUAUACAGUGCAAAGCCCGCCACAUGAUCUCCAGCCCAGACCACCCACUCCACCGCUGCUUUCAUCUCCCAUCAGGUCAGGGAAAUCAGACAAUUAAAUAGCGCACACUGGCCUCUCGGGGAUCCGGGGGGGACGGGGGUGGUAUGCCGAUCACUGGGAUGACUGCCCAACUUGGGAUGGGGAGGGGCUUUAGCGGGGGAAUUGGUGGAGAACAAUUGGAGGGUUACUUAGUAGCAAUGCAAAUAUCAUUGUACAGCUAUAUGGACACUCAGUCACUAUGGUAUUUUCUAUUGGUAAAUUUACAAAUAUAUAUAUAUAUCUAUAUCUAUAAAAUGAUAAAUAGAUUUGAAACUUGUAAUGGCUUAGCAGAUAAUAACAAAAGAAGAACAAUAUUUACAUGGCUCAAAGAGAAGGAAUAUAAUAUAUAUUGUUUACAGGAAACUCAUUCAACAAUUCUAGAUGAAGUUGCGUGGAAAAAGGAAUGGGGGGACGAAAUAUACAGUGGGGGAAAAAAGUAUUUAGUCAGCCACCAAUUGUGCAAGUUCUCCCACUUAAAAAGAUGAGAGAGGCCUGUCAUUUUCAUCAUAGGUACACGUCAACUAUGACAGACAAAUUGAGGAAAAAAAAUCCAGAACAUCACAUUGUAGGAUUUUUUAUGAAUUUAUUUGCAAAUUAUGGUGGAAAAUAAGUAUUUGGUCACCUACAAACAAGCAAGAUUUCUGGCUCUCACAGACCUGUAACUUCUUCUUUAAGAGGCUCCUCUGUCCUCCACUCGUUACCUGUAUUAAUGGCACCUGUUUGAACUUGUUAUCAGUAUAAAAGACACCUGUCCACAACCUCAAACAGUCACACUCCAAACUCCACUAUGGCCAAGACCAAAGAGCUGUCAAAGGACACCAGAAACAAAAUUGUAGACCUGCACCAGGCUGGGAAGACUGAAUCUGCAAUAGGUAAGCAGCUUGGUUUGAAGAAAUCAACUGUGGGAGCAAUUAUUAGGAAAUGGAAGACAUACAAGACCACUGAUAAUCUCCCUCGAUCUGGGGCUCCACGCAAGAUCUCACCCCGUGGGGUCAAAAUGAUCACAAGAACGGUGAGCAAAAAUCCCAGAACCACACGGGGGGACCUAGUGAAUGACCUGCAGAGAGCUGGGACCAAAGUAACAAAGCCUACCAUCAGUAACACACUACGCCGCCAGGGACUCAAAUCCUGCAGUGCUAGACGUGUCCCCCUGCUUAAGCCAGUACAUGUCCAGGCCCGUCUGAAGUUUGCUAGAGUGCAUCCAGAAGAGGAUUGGGAGAAUGUCAUAUGGUCAGAUGAAACCAAAAUAUAACUUUUUGGUAAAAACUCAACUCGUCGUGUUUGGAGGACAAAGAAUGCUGAGUUGCAUCCAAAGAACACCAUACCUACUGUGAAGCAUGGGAGUGAAAACAUCAUACUUUGGGGCUGUUUUUCUGCAAAGGGACCAGGACGACUGAUCCGUGUAAAGGAAAGAAUGAAUGGGGCCAUGUAUCGUGAGAUUUUGAGUGAAAACCUCCUUCCAUCAGCAAGGGCAUUGAAGAUGAAACGUGGCUGGGUCUUUCAGCAUGACAAUGAUCCCAAACACACCGCCCGGGCAACGAAGGAGUGGCUUCGUAAGAAGCAUUUCAAGGUCCUGGAGUCUCCAGAUCUCAACCCCAUAGAAAAUCUUUGGAGGGAGUUGAAAGUCCGUGUUGCCCAGCGACAGCCCCAAAACAUCACUGCUCUAGAGGAGAUCUGCAUGGAGGAAUGGGCCAAAAUACCAGCAACAGUGUGUGAAAACCUUGUGAAGACUUACAGAAAACGUUUGACCUGUGUCAUUGCCAACAAAGGGUAUAUAUCAAAGUAUUGAGAAACUUUUGUUAUUGACCAAAUACUUAUUUUCCACCAUAAUUUGCAAAUAAAUUCAUAAAAAAUCCUACAAUGUGAUUUUCUGGAUUUUUUUCCCUCAUUUUGUCUGUCAUAGUUGACGUGUACCUAUGAUGAAAAUUACAGGCCUCUCUCAUCUUUUUAAGUGGGAGAACUUGCACAAUUGGUGGCUGACUAAAUACUUUUUUUCCCCACUGUACUUCUCUCAUGGGCAAAGAAACUCAAAAGGGAUGAUGAUAUUAAUUAACAGUAAUUUCGAUCCGAAUGUGCAAAUUGUCCAAACAGAUACGCAAGGUAGAUGGAUUAUUUUAAAUAUGUUAUUGGACCAUAAACAGAUAUGGCUCAUUAACCUUUACGGACCAAAUAAUGAUGAUCCACACUUCUUUGACAGUGAGGGAAAGAAGUAUUUGAUCCCCUGCUGAUUUUGUACGUUUGCCCACUGACAAAGACAUGAUCAGUGUAUAAUUUUAAUGGUAGGUUUAUUUGAACAGUGAGAGACAGAAUAACAACAACAAAAUCCAGAAAAACGCAUAAAAAUGUUAAAUUGAUUUGCAUUUUAAUGAGGGAAAUAAGUAUUUGACCCCUCUGCAAAACAUGACUUAGUACUUGGUGGCAAAACCCUUGUUGGCAAUCACAGAGGUCAGACAUUUCUUGUUGGUGGCCACCAGGUUUGCACACAUCUCAAGAGGGAUUUUGUCCCACUCCUCUUUGCAGAUCUUCUCCAAGUCAUUAAGGUUUCGAGGCUGACGUUUGGCAACACGAAUCUUCAGCUCCCUCCACAGAUGUUCUAUGGGAUUAAGGUCUGGAGACUGGCCUAGGCCACUCCAGGACCUUAAUGUGCUUCUUCUUGAGCCACUCCUUUGUUGCCUUGGCCGUGUGCUUUGGGUCAUUGUCAUGCUGGAAUACCCAUUCACGACCCAUUUUCAAUGCCCUGGCUGAGGAAAGGAGGUUCUCACACAAGAUUUGAUGGUACAUGGCCCCGUCCAUCAUCCCUUUGAUGCGGUGAAGUUGUCCUGUCCCCUUGGCAGAAAAACACCCCCAAAGCAUAAUGUUUCCACCUCCAUGUUUGACGGAGGGGAUGGUGUUCUUGGGGUCAUAGGCAGCAUUCCUCCUCAUCUGACCACAACACUUUCACCCAGUUCUCCUCUGAAUCAUUCAGAUGUUCAUUGGCAAACUUCAGACGGGCCUGUACAGUGGGGGAAAAAAGUAUUUAGUCAGCCACCAAUUGUGCAAGUUCUCCCACUUAAAAAGAUGAGAGAGGCCUGUCAUUUUCAUCAUAGGUACACGUCAACUAUGACAGACAAAUUGAGGAAAAAAAAUCCAGAACAUCACAUUGUAGGAUUUUUUAUGAAUUUAUUUGCAAAUUAUGGUGGAAAAUAAGUAUUUGGUCACCUACAAACAAGCAAGAUUUCUGGCUCUCACAGACCUGUAACUUCUUCUUUAAGAGGCUCCUCUGUCCUCCACUCGUUACCUGUAUUAAUGGCACCUGUUUGAACUUGUUAUCAGUAUAAAAGACACCUGUUCACAACCUCAAACAGUCACACUCCAAACUCCACUAUGGCCAAGACCAAAGAGCUGUCAAAGGACACCAGAAACAAAAUUGUAGACCUGCACCAGGCUGGGAAGACUGAAUCUGCAAUAGGUAAGCAGCUUGGUUUGAAGAAAUCAACUGUGGGAGCAAUUAUUAGGAAAUGGAAGACAUACAAGACCACAGAUAAUCUCCCUCGAUCUGGGGCUCCACGCAAGAUCUCACCCCGUGGGGUCAAAAUCACAAGAACCACACAGGGGGACCUAGUGAAUGACCUGCAGAGAGCUGGGACCAGAUUAACAAAGCCUACCAUCAGUAACACACUACGCCGCCAGGGACUCAAAUCCUGCAGUGCCAGACGUGUCCCCCUGCUUAAGCCAGUACAUGUCCAGGCCCGUCUGAAGUUUGCUAGAGUGCAUUUGGAUGAUCCAGAAGAGGAUUGGGAGAAUGUCAUAUGGUCAGAUGAAACCAAAAUAGAACUUUUUGGUAAAAACUCAACUCGUCGUGUUUGGAGGACAAAGAAUGCUGAGUUGCAUCCAAAGAACACCAUACCUACUGUGAAGCAUGGGGGUGGAAACAUCAUGCUUUGGGGCUGUUUUUCUGCAAAGGGACCAGGACGACUGAUCCGUGUAAAGGAAAGAAUGAAUGGGGCCAUGUAUCGUGAGAUUUUGAGUGAAAACCUCCUUCCAUCAGCAAGGGCAUUUAAGAUGAAACGUGGCUGGGUCUUUCAGUAUGACAAUGAUCCCAAACACACCGCCCGGGAACGAAGGAGUGGCUUCGUAAGAAGCAUUUCAAUGUCCUGGAGUGGCCUAGCCCCUCUCCAGAUCUCAACCCCAUAGAAAAUCUUUGGAGGGAGUUGAAAGUCUGUGUUGCCCAGCGACAGCCCCAAAACAUCACUGCUCUAGAGGAGAUCUGCAUGGAGGAAUGGGCCAAAAUACCAGCAACAGUGUGUGAAAACCUUGUGAAGACUUACAGAAAACGUUUGACCUGUGUCAUUGCCAACAAAGGGUAUAUAACAAAGUAUUGAGAAACUUUUGUUAUUGACAAAAUACUUAUUUUCCACCAUAAUUUGCAAAUAAAUUCAUAAAAAAUCCUACAAUGUGAUUUUCUGGAGAAAAAAAGUCUCAUUUUGUCUGUCAUAGUUGACGUGUACCUAUGAUGAAAAUUACAGGCGCCUCAUCUUUUUAAGUGGGAGAACUUGCACAAUUGGUGGCUGACUAAAUACUUUUUUCCCCCACUGUAUAUGUGCUUUCUUGAGCAGGGGGACCUUGCGGCGUUGCAGGAUUUCAGUCCUUCACGGCGUAGUGUGUUACCAAUUGUUUUCUUGGUGACUAUGGUCCCAGCUGCCUUGAGAUCAUUGACAAGAUCCUCCCGUGUAGUUCUGGGCUGAUUCCUCACCGUUCUCAUGAUCAUUGCAACUCCACGAGGUGAGAUCUUGCAUGGAGCCCCAGGCUGAGGGAGAUUGACAGUUAUUUUGUGUUUCUUCCAUUUGCGAAUAAUCGCACCAACUGUUGUCACCUUCUCACCAAGCUGCUUGGCGACGGUCUUGUAGCCCAUUCCAGCCUUGUGUAGGUCUACAAUCUUGUCCCUGACAUCCUUGGAGAGCUCUUUGGUCUUGGCCAUGGUGGAGAGUUUGGAUUCUGAUUGAUUGAUUACUUCUGUGGACAGGUCUCUUUUUAUACAGGUAACAAGCUGAGAUUAGGAGCACUCCCUUUAAGAGUGUGCUCCUAAUAUCAGCUCGUUACCUGUAUAAAAGACACCUGGGAGCCAGAAAUCUUUCUGAUUGAGAGGGGGUCAAAUACUUAUUUCCCUCAUUAAAAUGCAAAUCAAUUUAUAACAUUUUUGACAUGCGUUUUUCUGGAUUUUUUUGUUGUUAUUCUGUCUCUCACUGUUCAAAUAAACCUACCAUUAAAAUUAUACACGGAUCAUUUCUUUGUCAGUGGGCAAGCGUACAAAAUCAGCAGGGGAUCAAAUACUUUUUUCCCUCACUGUAUAUCCACAGUAAAACAAGUCCUUUACCGACAUAACCUGAAAGGACGCUCAGCAAGGAAGAAGGCACUUCUCCAAAACCGCCAUUAAAAAGGCCAGACUAUGGUUUACAACUGCACAUGGGGACAAAUAUCGUACUUUUUGGUGAACUGUCCUCUGGUCUGAUGAAACACCAUCCCAACCGUGAAGCACGGGGGUGGCAGCAUCAUGCUGUGGCGGUGCUUUGCUGCAGGAGGGACUGGUGCACUUCACUAAAUAGAUGGCAUCAUGAGGAUGGAAAAUUAUGUGGAUAUAUUGAAGCAACAUCUCAAGACAUCAGUCAGGAAGUUAAAGCUUGGUCACAAAUGGGUCUUCCAAAUGGACAAUGACCCCAAGCAUACUUCCAAAGUUGUGGCAAAAUGGCUUAAGGACAACAAAGUCAAGGUAUUGGAUUGGCCAUAACAAAGCCCUGACCUCAAUCCUAUAGAAAAUGUGUGGGCAGAACUGAAAAAGCGUGUGCGAGCAAGGAGGCCUACAAACCUGACUCAGUUACACCAGCUCUGUCAGGAGGAAUGGGCCAAAAUUAACCAAACUUAUUGUGGGAAGCUUGUGGAAGGCUACCUGAAACGUUUGACCCAGGUUAAACAAUUUAAAGGCAAUGCUACCAAAUACAAAUUGAGUGUAUGUAAACUUCUGACCCACUGGGAAUGUGAUGAAAUAAAUAAAAGCUGAAAUAAAUCAUUCUCUCUACUAUUAUUCUGACAUUUCACGUUCUUAAAAUAAAAUGGUGAUCCUAACUGACCUAAAACAGGGAAUUUUUACUAGGAUUAAAUGUCAGGUAUUGUGAAAACUGAGUAGUAAAUGUAUUUGGCUAAGGUUUAUGUAAACUUCCGACUUCAACAGUAGAUAUUUCCGUUUUGUAUAUUUUUUUUUUAUACAUUUGCCAAAAUGUCGAAAAAUCGCUUUUUGCUUUGUUAUUAUGGGAUAUUGUGUGUAACUUGAUGAGGGGAAAAACACAAUUUAAUCAAUUUUAGAAUAAGGCUGUAACAUAGAGAGGGAGAAGAGGCUGCCACCAUGUACAGAAUUGCUUAAUGAUUUGGGCUGAUCACUUUUAGGUACCUUAGCCCAAGCAGAGUCAGUCUUCGGGGAGAGGAAUAAUGAUGUGGCUGGAGCAGUGGGUAAACUAUUAGAUGGAGCGCAUGCCCUCUGCCAUAAUUUAUACACCUGGGUGUUUGGAUAUUUUUAUUGCAGUUUUAUUUAGGUUCUCGCUGCCUAGGGUUUGGAUUGGACCCUCUUUCAUGCAGCCUUAUCUGUCACUACAAAGGUGUGCGCCGUCAUGAAAACAUGUUAAAAAAAAUAUAGAUGUUUUUCAAAUUUCUUCUAAAUGAAAUACAGAAAUCUAAUUCACAUAAGUAUUCACACUCCUGAGUCAAUAAUUUGUAGAUGCACCUUUGUCUUUCUGGGUAUGUGUCUUAAGAGCUUUCCACACCUGGAUUGUGCAACAUUUGCCCAUUUAUUAUUUUCAAAAUUCUUCAAAUUGGUUGUUGAUUGUUGCUAGACAACCAUUGUAUGGUCUUGCCAUAGAUUUUGAAGUAGAUUUAAGUCAAACUAUAUCUCAGCCACUCAGGAAAAUCCACUGUCUUCUUGGUAAGCAACUCCAGUGUAGAUUUGGCCUUGUGUUUUUGAUUAUUGUCCUGCUGAAAGGUGAAUUCAUCUCCCAGUGUCUGGUGGAAAGCAGAAUGAACCAGGUUUUCCUGUAGGAUUUUCUCUGUGCUUAGUUCCAUUCAGUUUUCUUUUUAUCCUGAAAAACUCCCCAGUUCUUAACGAUUGCAAGUGUACCCAUAACACAACACAGCCACCACUAUGCUUGAACAUAUGGAAAGUGGUAGUCAGUAAUGUGUUGUAUUGGAUUUGCCCCAAACAUAACACUUUGUAUUCAGGACAAAAAUGGAAUUGCUUUGCCACAUUUUCUGCAGUAUUACUUUAGUGACUUGUUGCAAACAGAAUGCAUGUUUUGGAAUAUUUGUAUUCUGUACAUGCUUCCUUCUUUUCACUCUGUCAGUUAGGCUAGUAUUGUGGAGUAACUACAAUGUUGUUGAUCCAUCCUCCGUUUUCUCCUAUCACAGCCACAGCCAUAAGUCACCAUUGGCCUCAUGGGGAAAUCCCUGAGCGGUUUCCUUCCUCUCUGGCAACUGAGUUAGGAAGGACGCCUGUAGCUUGGUAGUGACUGGGAAUAUUGAUACACCAUCCAAAGUGUAAUUAAUAACUUCACCAUGCUCAAAGGGAUAUUCAAUGUCUGCUUUUAUUUUUAUUUUACCCGUCUACAAAUAGCUGCCCUUCUUUGCGAGGCAUUGGAAAACCUCCCUGAUCUUUGUGGUUGAAUUUGUUUUUGAAAUUCACUGCUCAACUGAGCGACCUUACAGAUAUGUUGAUGUGUGUACUACAGAGAUGAGGUAGUCAUUCAAAGAUCAUGUUAAACACUAUUAUUACACACAGAGAGUCCAUGCAAAAUAUUAUGACUUGUUAAGCAAAUUGUUACUCCUGAACUUAUUUAGGCUUGCCAUAACAAAGGGGUUGAAUACUUAUUAACUCAAGACAUUUCAACUUUUCAUUUUGUAUUAAUUUGUAAAAAUUCAGAAUUCUACUUUGACAAUAUAGGGUAUUGUGCGAAGGCCAGUGACAAAUAAAUCUCAGUAAAACAUAUAACGCGACAAAAUCAAGGGGUGUGAAUACUUUUUGAAGGCACUGUAUUUAAACUUCUGACAGUGUAGAACUCUCACCUAGCCCAAAGGAGGAGUGAUAAGUCUUCCUACAGUACUACUGAGGCCCCUGUCUGUAUGCCAUGGUCUUCAUCAGCUCGCUCUGCUGAUUGAAUCUGACAGUAAUUACCCGCAAUUAAAACCUCUGCACCAAGACCAAUCACAAAGAGGAUGUGGUCGCUGAGGCUCCGUCAGUGUCCGUUUAACGCCAUGCCCCCCUGCACGCCGUUGCCACGGUAAGCGGAGCGGAGAGCUCGGAGCCAAUCAUUUAUUUUCCCCACCUCGUGUCAUCGGUUUGUUUUCUCUCAUGGAGAGCGGACUCCGCCCUCUGGGGGGCCGGCAGUGUGGGUUACAGUCAUUACCAGAGUGGAGCAGCUAAGAACAAGGAGACGGAGGCCCCCUUCUUGUUCAUUAUUGAGACAUGAUGGGAGGAAGUAGUAGGCUUCUGCUGACCUUGGAAGACCACUCCACACUGCUAAGAGACUAAAACCAAAGAGAACAGAUUCUGAGUGGUUCAGUUCUUAAAUCCCUUUGUUUUGUGUAGUAUUCAGUUACUUAAGUUCCUCUAUGCUCACCCAAUCCUUUUUUAUAUAUUCCUUUUUAAAGCUUGUCUUAAUAUGCAGAAUUAAAAAUCAUUUUUACAUGGGAAUGGAAACACUAAUCUUUAGAACACCAGCUAACUGUAAAUUGCCAUAUUGGCAUUAUUGCAUCACCGGUAGGAGAGUUCUGGAAUUCCUGAAUUAUUAAUUAGCAUAAUUUGCUGGUGUCAAAUCAUGUAUGAAAACAUGAUACAUAAUUUGAAAGCUGGGAAAUGGCUCUUUCAAAUGAUAUGACAUACAAUAGCACCACAUCAAUCAAAUGGUAAUCAUUCAAGAAAAAACACCUGUGUAAAUGUGUAUUUUAUACGCCUUUUUCCCCAAAGAACUGCCAUUUGCACAACUUCCUAAUUAAGAUAGAGAAAAUGUUAAAGCAUAUCGAGUCUUCUUUUUUUAUUUGUAAGGGUUGAUAAUCUGAAAUCAGAAUAGUAAUACCUUUUAGGGCGGCAGGUAGCUUAGUGGUUAAGAGCGUUGUGCCAGUAACCGAAAGGUCGCUGGUUCUAAUCCCCGAGCCGACUAGGCCCACUUGGAGUUUGCCAAAAGGCACGUAAAGGACUCUCAGACCAUGAGAAACAAGGUUCUCUGGUCUGAUGAAACCAAGAUUUAACUCUUUGGCCUGAAUGCCACCCGAGCAUCCCAGUGGCAGCAUUCACUUUCAGUCUCCGCGCCAAAACUCACUAUUUGCGCGCACCUACCAAUGACACAUUGGCGUCAUAUUUAAAUGCACAUGUUUAGUAUUAGUGGAUUGAAUACAUCUCUUUGCUUAGCUUUACUUUUUUAAAGUGUUUCCAUUCCCCUUUAAGGGCAAUAUGUUUUCAAUCUAUGAAUCCAAUAGAGAUCUCAAGUGUAGGCCUCAUCUUGGGUCCUCACUGCUGAGUGCUGAGGUUUGCCCUGGCACAGCAGAGCCCGCCCUUCCUCAGAAGCCCCUGGUAACUUGUGCCAAGCGGCUGAGCUGGUACCCUCUGCCAGGCUUAACUCUUAAUACCCAUGAGAUCGCUGGUCCAAACACUGGCCUAGAGGUUCCUAACUGGACUGAGAGAGCUCACUGUUUACCAACCUGAGCCUCUUCUCCCUUAAGGAGCUGGGGCUUAUCCUCCUGUAGAACAGCAAAGUACUGUGCUCGUACGCGAGUAGCACCCAACUACGUCUAAGUAAUUUACUUGGACUCUAAACAACACGAUAACCUCGUCUUGAGGAUUUACCUGUUUUCUGUUUAAGUUGUCUUCUAGGUGUUCGUUUAAUUUGUGUAUUUUAUUAUCAUUGACAAGUUAUUUUGUUCUUUCUCCCUUCUCAGGAGGCCAUUAACCUGCUGGAGCCCAUGACCAAUGACCCAGUGAACUAUGUGAGACAGGGCGCCCUCAUCUCAUCGGCCCUCAUCAUGAUCCAGCAGACCGAGGUCACCUGUCCCAAGGUGAGUGGAAGUGAAACAGUCCAUCCCAUUCACAGCCCACAUUUAGGAGAGAAAUUGGCGACCAGUAACUUUGUUAUUCACAGACUUUAAAAUAUAUUUGUUGUAUGGCUAAUGGUGGAAUUAUCUGUUUGCAUGUUAUGCUAACCUAUAGACAUUUUCUCUAUUUUGAGUCCUCAACUUCUCUGCUGCUGAAUCCUAACCAGUCCCAGUGGGGGCUCUGGGUCCUAAGCAAAAGCUGUCUGUUUCAAGCGAGGGGGCUUUCAACUGAGCGAUGAUGUGCCUCAGUGCCUAAUACUGAGUAUAAUGAGGGAGUGAGAAAAUAAAUGAAAGGACAAAAGAAAAUGAAAUUGAGGCAAUGGUAUUUAACAAUGAUACCUGAUUCACAUAGGAUUUGCGGUAUGUUGCCUGAAAAAAUUAUAAAUUGGGGAAUGUUUAUAUGGUGCCCUUUCAAACAGCCAAAUGUUUACCACAUUCUUGUCAGCAUUCGCCUUUCUAUAUAGCCAUUGCUUAGCCGCAACUGAGCAAGAGGCAUUCAACUUUGACCCUGUUGUUGCAGUCAUUUUCAUGGUAACCUGGCGUGACAGUAAGCUCUAAAUUCCCCUCUAAAUUCCCCAGACAGAAAUGCACUGCUUUCAUUUCUUCACAUUCACAGCAGUAAGUUAGCAGCUCGCAUACAUUACCUUGUAAUGUGUUAACUUUCCUGUUAUGGUGAAUAAAAAGUUGGCUACAGUUAAACUCAAAACGUUGUCAGAUAUGUUCUGGUAAUAAUAUGAGCUGGCUAGCCAGCUAGAUAGCUAGCAACAAGCUAAAAGAUUGUCUAGAAUGUUUCUUUUCGUUGCCUGGCUUGCAAGAUUGACAUAUCCCAAAAAAAAAUGGGGGGUGCACAAAAGAAUGCAGGUAAAGUUGCUGUUUGGACCAGGCUGCUGCGAUGUCAUGCAGACUGCUGUUUUUGUGUUUAUACUUUUUCAUAAUGACAAAGACAACUUUAAUGUCAGACAACAACAAUAGAAUGUUCAUGAUUUAAUCCAUGCCAAAGACGGUAAGAUGAAGGGCGACGUUUAUACUGAGAGGUUGGCGGGACUUUGAAAUAACAUUACCGCAAUCAUGACUAGGCUGGUUGGCGGAAAUACAAGUACAGGCUUUGUCGCCGGUAAUACCUUUCAGAUAUAAAGAAAAGGUGGCAGGUUCUGUUUGAAAGGGAUAUCAGUCAGCAGAGGGUAGGAAAGAGAAAAGGGUGGGGAGGCUAGCUAAAAGGAGCUGCUCUCUCUCUCUCUUUCUCCGUUUUGCACAACAAGCUCUGUCACAGCCGUUUAAGAAAUGCCAGACCCAUUUUCAAAGCAUCCCCUGGUAUCGGCCUGUACAGCAACAGCCUUUGAGCUCGGGGCGGUUUGAAAGAUUGUUCAAUGAGACUCAUUUUAAAUUGGAAACGGCAGGAGGCACUACACUUGUGCCCGUGUUUACUCUGGGGGGUAUUUUCAGCAUCUUUCCAGAUUUUGUUUGGUGUGCUCUGUCACUGAUGAUGGUGGCAUAGCAGCUAGCGUGGCAGUACGGCGGGUGUGUGUGUACACCUUGGACAUGCAGGUUGUUUAUGUAGGCCUACACUGCCAUAUUGUUAGGGACUGCCCGCCUGCUGGCUUUUUUCUCAGCACACUUUUAUUUCAAGCCACGCACACGGUACGUGCCAGUAAUGUAAACACACACGCUCAACUAAACUUUUCUUUCAUACACACACCCUCUCUCGGUUAUUUCGUUGUGUGACAUUUUUUAUGGUUGAAGCCACGCUGUCAUUAAUUGCGGUGGGCCUGUUUAAAUGUGAAGCCACACUGAUGUUUUCAAGUGUUCUUGAAACAGGAAGGAGAUCCGGUGCAGUUGUGUUAAAUCGUGUUCGUCGAGUAUGUGCCUCAGUGCCUCGCUCCCAGGUGGGCCACUUACUUUACAGGACUCAUUUUUAAUUUCCUUUGAAAUAUGUUACAUGGAAUUAUUAAUGGUAAUGUUUUAGCCAUAUAACCCUUUCUUCUUAUAUAUUUAUUAUUGAGAAGGGUCUAGUGAGUUUCUAACCAGGUGAUAGUGGCUCUCGCUUCAUGUCAGUUCCAAAUGUGGGCCUUGGCAUGCAUAUUGACUUUAUCAGAGGCAAAAACUGGACAACAAAGAACUUAAGUAUAUUUUAUGGAAUAAGAGUGCUAGAUUAUAAUGUGGAGGCCCACCAAAUGAACUGAACAAUGAGUUUGAGUCAUAAUGGUUUUCGUUGCUUUCCUGACACAGGUGAACCAGUUCCGGCAGCUAUACUCCAAGGUCAUCAAUGACAAGCACGAUGACGUCAUGGCCAAGUUCGGGGCCAUCCUGGCCCAGGGCAUCCUGGAUGCAGGUCAGUGUCUUGUGUCCAAGUGUGUGUGACUGACAUUUGGUGGGAUUUCUUCAGAAGAUGCGUGGGUGUAUCUGUUUCAGUCUGCUGUUUAGGGGAAGUGUGCCUGAAUAUGUGUGUGUGUUGGCAAGAUUUACAGGGGGUCAAGUCCCAGCCGCCCCUCAGGGCUUGACCACCCCUGUGUCCUGUGAUUUUCCCCAACUUCCUUCUCUGGAAGCGAUCAUGCUACGAUGCAUUAGCACCUGGCUGGCCAGCAUUGAGAACAGCAACAUGACUCUUGUGAUUACUGUUAGUCUGACGGUCUAUGUGUUUAUUUGUGUGUGUGUAUGCGCGCCAGGAUUUCCGUUAGCCGGUAGUGCUGAGAGAUUAACCAAAAUUUAAUUUUUUGUUUUUGUGGUUAUUAAACAACUAAUUGACCAACGUCUAUUAGUUGGAUACCAUUUUACGGCUGCUACGUUAGGUUAGAUACACAUGUGUUUACAACACAAUGACAAGAGAGCGGGAUGGAGACAGUCUGCCUGAUCUACUUUGAAAAACGAGUAAAAUGAUUGUCAGACAGCUCUGCAGCAUACUUAGGCAGGUUAGCCUAGUUAAAUAGGAUGUCUAAAGACAGUACAGUAUGGGGAAAACAGAGAUACUGUAACGUUAGAUUGUUGGCUGGCUGGCUGCUACUGCCUGAGCAGAGAUGAGAUGAUGACUUUAAGGAAUUAACAAUUAUAAAGUCAUCAAAUAAAACUAAGCAAUAUACACAACUGAAAUAUUUUAUUAUUUCAUAAUAAUUUCCUAUUUUUCUAUGUGGCCCUGACAGAGACGAUGGAAUAUUUUCAAUGUUUUGGCAAUUGAAAGUUCACAAUUUUUGGCUUUGGAAUUUCUAUUAAAAAGCUCUAAUCCUUUUAAUGUCAUUAUUUUAUAAUGUAUUUAAUGUGCAAAUAAAUAAUCUGAAUCGAUAACCGUGAAAAAAAAUAAAAUAAGUAAUCGAACCGAACCUGAACCGAUCUCAAAAAGCACAAAUCGCUCAUUACUAUUAGCCUGCUUUUGGCCAAGAAAUGAAUAAAUGAAAAGCCGGCCAAUUGUCCGGGAGAAGAAAAAAAGUCCCAUUGCAAAAUAAUGCUUUUUAGCCUAUUUAAUGAUGGAAAUACAUUUGACCGGUCAUGCUUAUCGGUCUAUAGGUUCAUAAUUUAGUGGAAUUAAAUUGGCGCAUGUGUAUUUUCGUUAGUCGUUAUGUUUAUCACACGCGCAGAGCAUACAGAUACAGAGCCUAUGAUGAGUAGAAAUCUGUCAGACAGCUCAUUUGUUGCUGCUGGAGUGAAACAUGCUUUUAUAAGCCCAAUCAUUGCAUAACAAUUCUAAAUGCAAUCGUGUGUUAAAUGACUAUUUUUAUUUCUCAACUGGUAAUUGAAGCACAAUUUCCAUUCGCUAUUCAAGUGCAUAUAGGCUUCAGUGCGUCACACACCACUUUGCAAUGAGGUGGAGGCAGUAUGCUUUUUUAACAUACAGUGAGGGAAAAAAGUAUUUGAUCCCCUGCUGAUUUUGUACGUUUGCCCACUGACAAAGAAAUGAUCAGUCUAUAAUUUUAAUGGUAGGUUUAUUUGAACAGUGAGAGAUAGAAUAACAACAAAAAAAUCCAGAAAAACGCAUGUCAAAAAUGUUAUCAAUUGAUUUGCAUUUUAAUGUUUAUUGAAAACAUAAAUACAUUUGCACAAUGAGCACUUGCAGUCUCUCAAAUACAUAGUUGAAGUUGUUGGUUAGCUAGCGAAUUUCAGCCAUAUUAGCAUUGACAUGAAAUCAGUCAAAACACCUCAAAACAAGACAUGGUAUCAAGAACAAGAUGAAACGAGCUGAAACGAGCCACUUAUGAUCCCCCACAUGGCAGUUUCUUGUCAUUCUUGCUAGCAAUCUGAUCAUCCAGAAUCAAAACAACUCGCUGACUUCUGCCCCAUUGAAGCGUGCAGGUGGACUCCAAUCAAGUUGUAGAAACAUAUCAAGGAUGAUCAAUGGAACCAGGUCAAUUACUUUUUAGUUUAACAAGCUUAAAAGUGAAAAGGGAACAAAUGUCAGUAAAACAAUGACCUGGCAUGGCUAGUAUAAGAGAAGAGUGUGUGGUGUUUGCUGUGAUUAGGAGGUCAAGGGCUGGGGGUGCAGAGGUAGAAUAAUAGACCUCCACUGCCCUCUGGGAGUCAAAUAUGGAGAGGAGGAUGGAGGGAGUGAGGGAGUGGGAGGAAGAGAGGUGCGGAGGAGUGUGCGGUUUCUUGCGAGAGCUGCUUUCUAAGGCUAAACCCUCGGUAAUGAGCACCAGAGAUCAUGAAAUGGAACCCUAAUAGUUUCUGCCUGUCACAUUUCAUAAGAUUAUCCAACCCCACACCAAAGAAAAAACUCAUAACUUGACUAAUACGCCACAUCCACAUCUGAAAUCAAAGUAGUACAGUAGAAGUGAAGUGAUGGUUAUUUAGGUGGAAGCUGCCUGUACAGUACUCAACACCUAUCUUUUCAGGUCGCCUCAAAACAUGGAUAUGUAUCUGGGAGCAGUGGCCUGACAGUUUUUAAGGGUAGUAGAGUGAGAGGAGAGGCGCGAGCUUCAGUGUGCUAUCUGGCUAACGAUCCCGUAUUAAGAUCUUGUCUGGGCGGUCUUACGUGACAGAAAACAGAGGGGACUUCGGAGUUCUUUAUCUUGGCAGGAGAACGGGGUCUCCCAGUUUGAUCUUGUCGGUUGCUGUAGUGGCACGGAUUGGCUGAAAGCAUUAUGGGAACACAAAUAUUGCAAAAGACAAACCCUGCUGCAGUAUGAGAGCAAUAUAGGCUCCUUUACUAUAAUGUGUACACAAAGUGCACAUGCAUGCACACAAAAACACAGCAUAAUUCUGAUUUAAACUUGUUGCCAGUGUUAAAUUUGACUAAGUAUUCUUCAAAAUGAAACAAGGCUCGGUUGUGUAUACACCAGGUUAUAUACACCCGCACCUGAUGUGUAUUUAGACAGCAUUUAACACAGAGGGACCUGCUGGUUUCUGUUGAGGUAAUACAUAAGGCCCAAUGUUAGCAGUGGAGUAUGCCUUUCUGCUCCGGCCUGUGUUUGGGGUAUGCGUAUACACAUCUGUGUGAGUGUGUGUGUGUCAAGCGUUUGAUAUGAUGAUGUGCAGCUCUCUGGGACCCCACACACAAAAGUACACUGGACGCAUGCACGCACACACAAAAACGCUCACUGUACGCUUGCACGCACACCAGGGUUCACGGACAUUUGACCGGCAGCAUUUUAAUUUAAAUGGACAUUUGAGAAAUUUACCGGACCCAUAUGCAUUGGGUACGUAACCUGAUUAGGGCAUCCACCCACGGUGCUCAGAAUUACAGAAAUCACAUUUAGAUUAUGGUUACUCAUCUUAUAAUUAUAUAUGCAACGGUGUGCAUCCUUCUUACCGAAUUACGAUGCACACUUUGAAGAUGUUAGAAUAACUGCCACAUUUACUUUUCCUCAGCCAACAAGAUGAGUAAUGAACAGCAAAAUCUCUAGCCUAUGUCAAUCUAAUAUCCCCCAUAUUAGAACAUUUGACCUAUUCUAUUAGUCAGCUUGUCGUUCUGUGCGGGAAAGAAAUAGCCUAUUCCAAACAGACUCUGGGACUGUUGUGGGACGAUCGAUCCCAAAUUCAAUAGAACCAGUAGGCCUAGGCUACAUAUAUACAGUGCAUUCUGAAAGGAUUCAGAGCCCUUGACUUUUUCCACAUUUUGUUACGUUACAGCCUUAUUCUAAAAAUGAUAUAUAUAUUUUUUUAUCUUCAUCAAAUCUACACACAAUACCCAAUAAUGACAAAGCAAAAACAGGUUUUUAGUAUUUACUGCAAAUUUAUUUAAAAAAAACUAAAAACUGAAAUACCUUAUUUACAUAAGUAUUCAGACCCUUUGCUAUGAGACUCGAAAUUGAGCUCAGGUGCAUCCUGUUUGCAUUGAUCAUCCUUGAGAUGUUUCUACAACUUGACUGGAGUCCACCUGUGGUAAAUGUAAUUCAUUGGACAUGAUUUGGAAAGGCACACACCUGUCUAUAUAAGGUCCCACAGUUGAAAGUGCAUGUCAGAGCAAAAACCAAGCCAUGAGGUCGAAGGAAUUGUCCGUAGAGCUCCGAGACAGGAUUGUGUCGAGGCACAGAUCUGGGGAAGGGUACCAAAAAAUGUCUGCAGCAUUGAAGGUCCCCAAGAACACAGUGGCCUCCAACAUUCUUAAAUGGAAGAAGUUUGGAACCACUAAGACUCUUCUUAGAGCUGGCCGCCCGGCCAAACUGAGCAAUCGGGGAAGAAGGGCCUUGGUCAGGGAGGUGACCAAGAACCCAAUGGUCACUCUGACAGAGCUCCAGAGUUCCUCUUUGGAGAUGGGAGAACCUUCCAGAAGGACAACCAUCUCUGCAGCAGGCAUCUAUGGUAGAUCAGGCAUUUAUGGUAGAGUGGCCGCUCUUCAGUAAAAGGCACAUGACAGCCCGCUUGGAGUUUGCCAAAAGGCACCUAAAGGACUCUCAGACCAUGAGAAACAACAUUCUCUGGUCUGAUGAAACCAAGAUUGAACUCUUUGGCCUGAAUGCCAAGCGUCACGUCUGGAGGAAACCUGGCACCGUCCCUACGGUGAAGCAUGGUUUUUCAGCGGCAGGGACUGCGAGACUAGUCAGGAUCGAGGGGAAAGAUAAACGGAGCAAAGUACAGAGAGGUCCUUGAUGAAAACCUGCUCCAGAGUGCUCAGGACCUCAGACUGGGUCUGAAUACUUCGUCUUUUGUUUCUUUUUUUUCUGGGGGAAAUCAGCUUUUAAUAUUGCAGAGAGAUCGUAGAUUCCAUCAAUGUAAUUGUCUUAAUCAUUUCCAAUCCCCCAUAUAUUUAUGUACAUUUGAUAUUUCUGUUUUUUUAUUUUUAAUACAGUGGGGAAAAAAAGUAUUUAGUCAGCCACCAAUUGUGCAAGUUCUCCCACUUAAAAAGAUGAGAGGGACCUGUAAUUUUCAUCAUAGGUACACGUCAACUAUGACAGACAAAUUGAGAAAAAAAUCCAGAAAAUCACAUUGUAGGAUUUUUAAUGAAUUUAUUUAAAAUGAUGGUGGAAAAUAAGUAUUUGGUCACCUACAAACAAGCAAGAUUUCUGGCUCUCACAGACCUGUAACGUCUUCUUUAAGAGGCUCCUCUGUCCUCCACUCGUUACCUGUAUUAAUGGCACCUGUUUGAACUUGUUAUCAGUAUAAAAGACACCUGUCCACAACCUCAAACAGUCACACUCCAAACUCCACUAUGGCCAAGACCAAAGAGUUGUCAAAGGACACCAGAAACAAAAUUGUAGACCUGCACCAGGCUGGGAAGACUGAAUCUGCAAUAGGUAAGCAGCUUGGUUUGAAGAAAUCAACUGUGGGAGCAAUUAUUAGGAAAUGGAAGACAUACAAGACCACUGAUAAUCUCCCUCGAUCUGGGGCCCCACGCAAGAUCUCACCCCGUGGGGUCAAAAUGAUCACAAGAACGGUAAGCAAAAAUCCCAGAACCACACGGGGGGACCUAGUGAAUGACCUGCAGAGAGCUGGGACCAAAGUAACAAAGCCUACCAUCAGUAACACACUAUGCCGCCAGGGACUCAAAUCCUGCAGUGCCAGACGUGUCCCCCUGCUUAAGCCAGUACAUGUCCAGGCCCGUCUGAAGUUUGCUAGAGUGCAUUUGGAUGAUCCAGAAGAGGAUUGGGAGACUGUCAUAUGGUCAGAUGAAACCAAAAUAUAACUUUUUGGUAAAAACUCAACUCGUCGUGUUUGGAGGACAAAGAAUGCUGAGUUGCAUCCAAAGAACACCAUACCUACUGUGAAGCAUGGGGGUGGAAACAUCAUGCUUUGGGGCUGUUUUUCUGCAAAGGGACCAGGACGACUGAUCCGUGUAAAGGAAAGAAUGAAUGGGGCCAUGUAUCGUGAGAAUUUGAGUGAAAACCUCCUUCCAUCAGCAAGGGCAUUGAAGAUGAAACGUGGCUGGGUCUUUCAGCAUGACAAUGAUCCCAAACACACCGCCCGGGCAACGAAGGAGUAGCUUCGUAAGAAGCAUUUCAAGGUCCUGGAGUGGCCUAGCCAGUCUCCAGAUCUCAACCCCAUAGAAAAUCUUUGGAGGGAGUUGAAAGUCUGUGUUGCCCAGCGACAGCCCCAAAACAUCACUGCUCUAGAGGAGAUCUGCAUGGAGGAAUGGGCCAAAAUACCAGCAACAGUGUGUGAAAACCUUGUGAAGACUUACAGAAAACGUUUGACCUGUGUCAUUGCCAACAAAGGGUAUAUAACAAAGUAUUGAGAAACUUUUGUUAUUGACCAAAUACUUAUUUUCCACCAUAAUUUGCAAAUAAAUUCAUUAAAAAUCCUACAAUGUGAUUUUCUGGAAAAAAAAUUCUCAUUUUGUCUGUCAUAGUUGACGUGUACCUAUGAUGAAAAUUACAGGCCUCUCUCAUCUUUUUAAGUGGGAGAACUUGCACAAUUGGUGGCUGACUUUUUUUCCCCACUGUACAUUUGCAAAAAUUUCAAAACACCUGUUUUUACUUUGUCAUUAUGGGGUAUUGUGUGUACAUUGAGGGGUAACAAAAAACAUUCCAUUUUAGAAUAAGGCUGUAACGUAACGUGGAAAAAGUCAAGGGGUCUGAAUACUUUCAGAAUGCACUGUAAGCAUUGGACAUCAACUAUUCUAAGUUGGCCUUAGUAGGAGUGACUAUAGAAUUCUAUAUUUGUCAUUUAUUUUUUGCGAAUCACACUACUGUGAGGCGUGGCUCCAUAAGAGGUGCACAAGACACAUACAGGGGAGGUAUAGGGGGAACAUGUUAUAGGAGAUAAUUGGUUGUUAGAUUAAACCAAUGCCUAUAUGCCGGGAGUUUCUCACGGUCUGUAUUGGCUAACGAAGGCCAAGUUUGAGGCUUUGGUCCACCAGACUCUUAGCGCAUUUGUGCCGAAGUGUCUGAGAACGAGUUUUAUUGUAUCCCCCUUUUGCGCUUCCCUCCUAACUCUGUCUUUUUGUUGUCUUCAUCUCUCUAUUUCUCUGAUUUAUGGUUGACUGAACUGGAAGAUCCUUGUAGCCAAAGCACAAAGAUUAUCACAACUGUAUUAUCACAACUAUGUCAAAACUCUUCUGUCCUCCCUGUGUGUGUGUGCAGGUGGCCGUAACGUCACCAUCUCCCUGCAGUCGAGGACGGGACACACCCACAUGCCGUCAGUGGUGGGCCUGCUGGUAUUCACCCAGUUCUGGUUCUGGUUCCCCCUUUCCCACUUCCUCUCCCUGGCCUUCACCCCCACCGCCAUCAUCGGCCUCAACAAGGACCUCAAGGUAAACAACGUGUGUGUGUGGGGUGCGUCUGAAGUAUACGCAUGGAUACGAGCGACUUGGUGUGUGUGCUAUCAUUGGCUUGAACAAGGACCUGAAAAUAAAAUGGUCUUAACGCAUGCCUAUCUCCAGAGGAGGGAGGGACUUACUGUCUUGUUGUCCCAUACCAAAAGCACCUGACAACAGGGGUGUGUGUGUCAGUGUUUCCACUGCAGUCAUUUAGCUGUGGCACUUCGCCACGGCAAAAUCAUUGCUGCCACAUCCAAAAAUAGAUGCUGGAGUAGUCCACAUUUACUUUUCCCCUGCAAACAAAACGAGUAAUGAAUAGAAAAAUCGGACAACCCCAUAGUAGAAUAGUUGAUCUAUUUACCUAGUCGGCUUGUUGUGUGUUCUAUGCGAGAUAAAUAUUCCUCUCGAGGCGCGUUCAAGUUACGAGUGCCAUAGGGAGGGAAUUCCCAGAAUCGAAUAUAGGCUGCAAAAAUAGCCAACAUUUUAUUUAUACUGAACAAAAAUAUAAACACAACAUGUAAAGUGUUGGUACCAUGUUUCAUGAGCUGAAAUAAAAGAUCCCAGACAUUUUCCAUAGCCACAAAAAGCUUAUUUUUCUCAGUUUUUUUGGCACAAAUUUGUAUUCAUCCCUGUUAGUGUGCAUUUCUCCUUUGCCAAGGUAAUCCAGCCACCUGACAGGUGUGGCAUAUCAAGAAGCUGAUUAAACAGCAUGAACAUUACACAGGUGCACCUUGUGCUGGGGACAAUAAAAGGUGCAGAUUUGUCACAUAACACAAUGCCACAGAUGUCUCAGGUUUUGAGGGAGCAUGCAAUUGGCAUGCUGACUGCAGGAGGUCCACCAGAGUUGUUGCCAGAGAAGAAUGUUCAUUUCUCUACCAUAAGCCGCCUUCGAUGUUGUUUUAGAGAAUUCGGCAGUACGUCCAACCGGCCUCACAACCGCAGACCACGUGUAACCAUACCAGCCCAGGACCUCCACAUCCGGCUUCUUCAACUGUGGGAUCGUCUGAGACCAGCCACCCGGACAGCUGAUGAAAAAUUUGGGUUUGCACAACCAAAGUACAGUAUCAGUCAAAGUUUGGACACACCUUCAAGAGUUUUAAUUUAAUUUUUUACAUUGUAGAAUAAUAGUGAAGACAUCAAAACUAUGAAAUAACACAUAUGGAAUCAUGGAGUAACCAAAAAAGUGUUAAACAAAUCAAACUAUAUUUUAUUUAGGAGAUUCUUCAAAGUAGCCACCCUUUGCCUUGUUGACAGCUUUGCACACUAUUGGCAUUCUCUCAACCAGCUUCAUGAGGUAGUCACCUGGAAUGCAUUUCAAUUAACAGGUUGCCUUGUUAGAAGUUAAUUUGUGAUUUUUUUUUUUCCUCCUUAAUGCGUUUGAGCCAAUCAGUUGUGUUGUGACAAGGUAGGGAUGGUAUACAGAAGAUAGCCCUAUUUGGUAAAAGACUAAGUCUAUAUUAUGGCAAGAACAGCUCAAAUAAGCAAAGAUAAACGACAGUCCAUCAUUACUUUAAGAUAUGAAGGUCAGUCAAUCUGGAACAUUUCAAUGGAACAUUUCAAGAACUUUUAAAGUUUCUUCAAGUGCGGUCGCAAAAACCAUCAAGCGCUAUGAUGAAACUGACUCUCAUGAGGACCGACACAGGAAUGAAAGACCCAGAGUUACCUCUGCUGCAGAGGAUAAGUUCAUUAGAGUUAACUGCACCUCAGAUUGCAGCCCAAAUAAAUGCUUCACAGAGUACAAGUAACAGACACAUCUCAACAUCAACUGUUCAGAGAAGAUUACGUGAAUCAGGCCUUCAUGGUCGAAUUGCUGCAAAGAAACUACUACUAAAGGACACCAAUAAUAAGAAGAGACUUGCUUGGGCCAAGAAACAUGAGCAAUGGACAUUAGACUGGUGGAAAUCUGUUCUUUGGUCUGAUGAGUCCAAAUUUGCGAUUUUUGGUUCCAACCGCCAUGUCUUUGUGAGACGCAGAGUAGGUGAACGGAUGAUCUCCGCAUGUGUGGUUCCCACCGUGAAGCAUGGAGGAGGAGGUGUGAUGGUGUGGGAGUGCUUUGCUGGUGACAUUGUCUGUGAUUUAUAUAAAAUUCAAGACACACUUAACCAGCAUGGCUACCACAGCCUUCUGCAGCGAUACGCCAUCCCAUCUGGUUUGGGCUUAGUGGGACUAUCAUUUGUUUUUCAAUAGGACAAUGACCCAACACACCUCCAGGCUGUGUAAGGGCUAUUUGAUCAAGAAGGAGAGUGAUGGUAGUGCUGCAUCAGAUGACCUGGCCUCCACAAUCACCCGACCUCAACCCAAUUGAGAUGGUUUGGGAGGAGUUGGACCGCAGAGUGAAGGAAAAACAACCAACAAGUGCUCAGCAUAUGUGGGAACUCCUUCAAGACUGUUGGAAAAGCAUUCCAGGUGAAGCUAGUUGAGAGAAUGCCAAGAGUGUGCAAAGCUGUCAUCAAGGCAAAGGGUGGCUAUUUGAAUCUCAAAUACAAAAUAUAUUUUAAUAUGUUUAACACUUGUUUGGUUAGUACAUGAUUCCAUAUGUGUUAUUUCAUAGUUUUGAUGUCUUCACUAUUAUUCUACAACGUAGAAAAUAGUAAAAAUAAAGAAAAACCUUUGAAUGAGUAGGUGUGUCCAAACUUUUGACUGGUACUGUAUUUCUGCACACACUGUCAGAAACUAUCUCAGGGAAGCUCAUCUGCGUGCUCGUCGUCCUCACCAGGGUCUUGACCUUACUACAGUUAGGCGUUGUAACCGACUUCAGUGGGCAAAUGCUCACCGUAGAUGGCCAUUGGCACGCCGGAGAAGUUUGCUUUCACGGAUUAAUCCCAGUUUCAACUGUACCGGGCAGAUGGCAAACAGCAUGUAUGGCGUUGUGUGGACAAGCGGUUUGCUGGUGUCAACGUUAUGAACAGAGUGCCCCAUGGUGGCGGUGAGGUUAUGGUAUGUGCAGGCAAAGCUACGGACAACAAAUACAAUUUCAUUUUAUCGAUGGCAAUUUUAAUUCACAGAGAUACCGUGACGAGAUCCUGAGGCCCAUUGUCGUGCCAUUCAUCUGGCGCCAUUACCUCAAGUUUUAGCAUGAUAAUGCACGUCCCCAUGUCAGAAGGAUCUGUACCCAAAGCUCAAACAUUUUCAGUAUUUCCAUGGCUCGCAUACUCACCAGACAUGUUACCCACUGGGCAUUUGUGGGAUUCUCUGGAUCGACGUGUACGACAGUGGUUUCCAGUUUCCGCCAAUAUCCAGCAACUUCACACAUCCGUUGAAGAGGAGUGGGACAACAUUCCACAGGCCACAAUCAACAGCCUGAUCAACUCUAUGCGAAGGAAAUGUGUCGCGCUGCAUGAGGCAAAUGGUGCUCACACCAGAUACUGACUGGUUUUCUGAUCCACGCCCCUACUUUUUGUUGUUGUUGUUGGUAUCUGUGACCAACCGAUGCAUAUCUGUAUUCCCAGUCAUGUGAACUCCAUAGAUUAGGGUAAAAUAUUUUAAAUUGUUGCAUGUUGCAUUUAUACUUUUGUUCUUUGCAGUAGGCUACUCAAACUUUUACCAGCAGUACCAGUUUACACUUUAAAUGGACUGCGUAUGGUCUAAUGAACGAAAUCCUGAAUUAAUGUAAUAAUUAACUGAUAACUAACUGAAUUAUCGAAAACAAAUAGGCCUGCCUGCUUGCACUUUGUGCAGGCUGUGUAUGCAUCUAACGCAUUGUUGUUCUCCCAAUCUGGGCAUUUCACUCGAGUAGCACCUGUUUCCACGAUGGUGUUGUAGCCUAUUGUUCUUUUUAUUUCUCCGGUUAGGCCUAGUUAGCCAUUUUCGCGUGAACUAGGCUAUCCAGGGAAGGUAAACCUGGCGACGUGUCGUAUUAUCACGUGGGGAGAGGGAACAUAAGCUCUGCUUGUGGACAAAUUAGAACGAUUUAGCACCACACAAAUAAGGUACAGUUUCUAGCUCCACACACUUUCAAUUAACGCGCGGCUUGUUGCGUUAUGUCUGCCUCGCCGCUCACAGAAUGGAAUUCGCAACACAAUGCAACGCAACAAGCUCCUGGGUUUUUUCAAAUGUUUACGACCCGCAACGUAAUUGUUCUGAACCGCGAGCCACCAGCAGCUGAUUUUUUUGCGGCUCACCCGCAGGGAACCGUGGGUAUCUGACCCGACUUAGGACUCGACUAAUGAUUAGUCCCAAUAGGGUAAAUGCAGAUGGAUAACCUCAUGCUUCAGCCUAUUUAUAGCCACUAUGCUGCAGCAUUUGGGCUAUAGGUGAUAAUGCUUAUUGCUAAUAGCAUGCUUGAUAAUAUGGACCAUGCAUAGGCUAUAUUUUUUUAAAUAAUAAUUUUGUCAAUAUGUUAGGGAUUAGCAUCUUGCCCUUUCAAGACAAUUCAAUGCGUAUCUAGAUACAUGGGCUCCGAUACGAUACAGGAACGAUACCUUUUAGCUUGAAAUGAUUCAGUUUGAUUAGAGAAAGAGUCGAUGAGAUACGAUAACGUGUAAACACAUUCAUUUUCCUUUCUAAAUUAAAAUCUUCUGCCGAUGGAGCUCAUGAGCUGGGCCUCUGAGCUGGAUCUGUGUAAGCUGACUUCUGUGUGGUGUGUGUGUGUGUAAAUGAUGUACGUGUGUGUGUGUGUGUGUGUGUGUGUGUGUGUGUGUGUGUGUGUAAAUUAUGUAUAUCUAUGGUGUAUGUACUAUAUAGGCACCUGAUCUGAGACAUAAGAGCGACUAGGCAUCUACCACCCCACUACCAAUAUCAGACUAGUUGGGGCAAUGUAGCCUGUUUUUUGUCCCCUCACUUAGGUUCUGAAAUCAACAUUCCCCACUAAUUAACUUGUCAUUUUUGUAGAUUAAGUAUUUGAGCUAGUAAUGUAUCAAUAUUUAUAGUUGACAAAUUUAGCUAUGACAUAGCCAAUGAAUGUAUAAGCACAUCUUUGAAUUUCACCCCCAACCCGAAAUCGAAUGGUUUUGACCGUUUGGAAGUUUUUAGUGAGCUUAUUUUCUCCUCCAGCUUUGGCCAUGCGGUGCGUCUCACAAAGGGAUUGUUGUCCUCGUUAUGAAAUUAUCAACUUGACCCUGUAUAUCUAAAAAUGACCAUAUACACUGAUUGUUAAAGCAAAACUACCAAAACAUUUGCUGAUGGUGAACCUGUACAAUCAUAAUGAAAUAUAUUGUAAGCCCCGUUCAUCAGGUAGCAUGUAUAGCCAGAUGAGAGUUCUCCUGUAGCUUACUUUUUAUUCCAGUGAAACACAUUUUCUCUUCAGCGCAUAGAUAACAAUAACCUAGCAAAUUACAUAGGUUGUCACUCAACUAAUAAAGCCUAAUAUUGUAUUGAAUGUGCCAGAUCUGGAACAGGAUGCCUACCUUGCGUUGGUCAGUGCACGAAGCUGGGCACAGUGCGCAGUUUGACUAGGCUACUGAUAUUCCCUGGGGUUGUUCGGCAUGUUAAAUUAUUUGUAGAUCAAUGACUGUCAACACAGUUACAUGCUUAGUUCGACACUGAAGGAGAGGACGUCAGUUGUCACAAAAUAUGAGGUAUUUUCGGAAGGUAGAAAGAAUGUCAUAUGAGCAAACAUUUAUUGUGAAUCAGUGAUUCGUAACGUUUGAAUCGAUUUUCUGACUGAUGCAUGCUACAUUUGGAUCGGUUUGGGGUCCGCAGUCGUAUCUUAAACAUUUGAAUCUGGGACCGAUGUGUAUCGGUGAAUCGUUACAUCCCUACAAUAUGUUAUUUGGCUCAUUCCUGGAGGUGGAAAUUAUAUUUUAGAUGGUGUCAGCAUAAUUUUAUUUUCAUUAAUUUUGGAGUAGAAUGUCCUUUUAAAAAGUCACCAGAACUGAGCUUCUCAGUCCUUUUACAUAAAAAUGUCCAUGGGGGGGACCCCGGUCCCCCAAAACAGGACCUGGGCUGGGACACUGGGCUUAAUGGAGUUACAAACCAUUUUCUGCCCCUCAGCUUCACAUACAGUUCCUUCAGAAAGUAUUCACACCCCUUGACUUUUCCCACAUUUUGUUGUGUUACAGCCUGAAUUUAAAAUGUAUUAAAUCGCGAUUUUUGGUCACUGGCCUACACACAAUACCCCAUAAUGUCAAAGUGGAAUUAUGUUUUUGAAAAUGUUUAUAAAUUAAUUAAAAAUGAAAAGCUGAAAUGUCCUGAGUAAAUAAGCAUUCGACCCCUUUGUUUUGGGAAGCCUAAAUAAGUUCAGGAGUAAAAAUAUGCUUAACAAGUCACAUAGUAAGUUGCAAGGACUCACUCUGUGUGCAAUAGUGUUUAACAUGAUUUUUGAACGACUACCUCAGCUCUUUACCCCACACGUACAAUUAUCUGUAAGGUCCCUCAGUCGAGCAGUGAAUUUCAGAUUCAACCACAAAGACUAGGGAGGUUUUCCAAUGCCUCGCAAAGAAGGGCACCCGUUGGUAGAUGGGUAAAACAAAUUUUGAAUAUCACUGUGAGCAUGGUGAAGUUAUUAAUUACACUUUGGAUGGUGUAUCAAGUCACUACAAAGAUACAGGCAGCCUUCCUAACUCAGUUAGAGUUUAAUGGCUUUGAUAGGAGAAAACUGAGGAUGGAUCAACAACAUUGUAGUUACUCCACAAUACUAACCUAAUUGACAGAAUGAAAAGAAGGAAGCCUGUAAAGAAUAAAAAUAUUCCAAAACAUGCAUCCUGUUUGCAAUAAGGCAGUAAAGUAAUACUACAAACAUUUUGCCAAAGCAAUUACAUUUCUGUCCUGAAUACAAAGUGUUAUGUUUGGGGCAAAUCCAGCACAACACAUUACUGAGUACCACUCUCCAUAUUUUCAAGCAUAGUGGUGGCUGCAUCAUGCUAUGGACAAUAAUGGAAGACAGUGAAUGUUUUUAAGUGUAGGAGUUACAGUUUUGACUUAAAUCUACUUGGGAAUCUAUGGCAAGACCUGAAAAUGGUUGUCCAGCAAUGAUCAACAACCAAUUUAACAGAGCUUGAAAAAUUGUGAUAAAAAGAAUGGGAAAAUGUUGCACAAUCCAUGUGUGGAAAGCUCUUAGAGACUUACCCAGAAAGACUCACAGCUGUAAUCGGUGCCAAAGGUCCCUCUACAAAGUAUUCACUCAGGGGUGUGAAUACUUAAGUUCCAGCCUUAGCAGUUGCCCAGAUCAGCAGUUGUGCCCGGUGGCUUUGUGCGCCUACAGGAGAAGACAUUGUUGUUUACCAGCACUCAUAUUGUGCCACCCUACUGCAGUCAUGCCAUUCCAUGCCAGCCUUUUAUCGCACUUUAUGUUCAACUUCCCCCUCAUACUUAACACCACCCUGCAGAGAACAGAAGUGAGUUAUGACAUAACAUUAAACUAAAUGAAAGCCUCUCUGGUCAGUGUUGGCUCCCUAUACGGUGCUGUUUUAGAAUUUGACGGGAAAUGUUAACACAUUGAUUUCCUGUUGGCAUUAUCAAUUGACUACAAGUGAGUAGGCGUUAUACUAUUUUGUUCCAGUGAAAUAAAUGAUUUGUAUUAUUUACAACUGACUUUCCAUGAAAACGCAUUUCAGAUACAACGCUCAAUGCGCUCAUAUACAUGCGUACAUACCAUGCACCGUAACUACUAUGCUCACCAACAGUAAAAAAAAAAGUAAUAAUAAUAAUUACAUUCUGAGUGGUAUUAGUAUCAAUGUGGCCAAAGGAAUGUGGUGUUUUCAGCGUUUCUUGUUGUCAAGCCAGCCUAUGAAUAAGUCAAACGGGACAUCCCUUUUCAUAGGGUGCUGGGUUGGACAUUACAACCAUUGCUUUUUAUUGGUGUUUGACCACACUCUUCCCCCCUAUCCAGAUGCCCAAGGUACAGUACCGCUCCAACUGUAAGCCCUCCACCUUUGCCUACCCUCCGGCCUUGGAGGUGCCCAAGGAGAAAGAGAAGGAGAAGGUGAGUCCCCUAACGGCAAAAGAAUGUCACCUUGUUUUGAUCGAUUGAAGUCAUAUCGCGGUUGUCAUUCUGAAUGAAGUGUCCUCAGCUGUCAUCAAUUUCUUGGAGGGUUUUGUUAUUAGUGUCCCUUUUGAACGCUUUCUCAUAAUUUUCAUUUCAUUGCCAUGUUCUCAGUCUGCUCAGUCUAGUGCCCAAGUUUUGUUUCAUUUUAGAACCUAGGUUCACUUCAAUAACGUAAUAAAAAAACGGGCUAUUUUGUUGUUCAUGCAUUCUAAGAAGUUUUGUGAUUGGGCUCAUUGCCUGAAGUAUUGUUGUUUAUUGUCUCUCACUCCCUCUUUCUCCAUGAUAGGUGUCUACUGCGGUUCUCUCCAUCACAGCCAAAGCUAAGAAGAAGGAAAAGGAGAAGGAGAAGAAGGAGAAGGAGGAGGAAAAGAUGGAAGUGGUGAGUGUGUGGAAACAAAACCCGUCCUUUUACGACAGCCAGCCCCACUUUCUAUUUGUGUUUGUUGUUUUUUUUACUUCAAAUUAAGUCUUAGUUUCUAUGUAGAUGUUUUCAACCAUCCUCAAGCAAGAAUCCUGUAGCCCCCGUCCCAAACAGAGCUCUGUUCAUAUUGAUAGUGAGGUGUUAAUGGUUCACAGACCUGAACAACAGUCAAACGUUUUGGGCCCGGUACCAGGGCUCUGCAGCCUCCUUUAAAGGGGUAGUUCACUCCAAAUCCAUAAACUGCUUAUUGAUUUCUUACCUCAGAAGUCAUUACCAGGCACAUAGACUACUGCAGAGAAGACCAUUUCAAAGGUAAGAAAACUAUAAAUUGAAAUGUGAGUGAACUAUUCCUUUAAAGUAGCAGUUAUCAUGAAAUAUGAAAUGAGGGAACUAUCCCUUUAAGGACCAGCUAGCUCUCAGCCUUGGCAGGGUCCCACAGCCCCUCUCUCCACAGAUGUUACCAACUCACCCAUGAAGCACUCAGCUGGAACACACCAAACAAAUCAAAUUAUUUGUCACAUGCUUCAUAAACAACAGGUGUAGACUAACAUGCUUACUUGCAGGUCCUUUUCCAACAAUGUAGAGUAACGAAAAAUAUAUACAGUACCAGUCAAAAGUUUGGACACACCUACUCAUUCAAGGGUUUUUCUUUAUUUUAAAUAUUUUCUACAUUGUAGAAUAAUAGUGAAGACAUCAAAACUAUGAAAUAACACAUAUGGAAACAUGUAGUAACCAAAAAAGUGUUAAACAUAUCAAAAUAUAUUUUGUAUUUGAGAUUCAAAUAGCCACCCUUUGCCUUGAUGACAGCUUUGCACACUCUUGGCAUUCUCUCAACCAGCUUCACCUGGAAUGCUUUUCCAACAGUCUUGAAGGAGUUCCCACAUAUGCUGAGCACUUGUUGGCUGCUUUUCCUUCACUCUGCGGUCCGACUCAUCCCAAACCAUCUCAAUUGGGAUGAGGUUGGGGGAUUGUGGAGGCCAGGUCAUCUGAUGCAGCACUCAUCACUCUCCUUGGUCAAAUAGCCCUUACACAGCCUGGAGGUGUGUUGGGUCAUUGUCCUGUUGGAAAACAAAUGAUAGUCCCACUAAGCCCAAACCAGAUGGAAUGGUGUAUCGCUGCAGAAUGCUGUGGUUGCCAUGCUGGUUAAGUGUGCCUUGAAUUCUAAAUAAAUCACUGACAGUGUCACCAGAAAAGCACCAUCACACCACCUCCUCCAUGCUUCACGGUGGGAACUACACAUGCGGAGAUCAUCCGCUCACCUACACUGCGUCUCACAAAGACACAGCGGUUGGAACAAAAAAUCUCCAAUUUGGACUCCAGACCAAAGGACAGAUUUCCACCGGUCUAAUGUCCAUUGCUCGGCAAAGGGUGGCUACUUUGAAGAAUCUCAAAUAUAAAAUAUAUUUUGAUUUAUUUAACACUUUUUUGGUUACUACUUUGUCAUUUUCUCACACAAACACUGUAUGGGAGUGUUUGUUCUGCAGUUAACACACACACAUAGACAAACAGGCAUGCUGAUAUGAGUCAUUGCACCGCUAUGGUCCAGUUUUCAGCCUAGCGUCAGAUGGUGCAGGGCUUCCUGGUAGCAGCCGGCUCCACACAUGGGUGGUAUAGGGCAGGGAAUGGAUGAUAGGCAAGGAUAGGUAACACAGGGAGGGCAGACAUAGAAUGCCAGGCCAGGCUCUGAUAGGUAAGUGCCGCAAGGUUUAUUUGUUUGUUUAUUUGGAUCCCCAUUUAGCUUUUGCGGAAGCAUCAGCUACUCUUCCUGGGGUCCACAAAAAUGCAAAACAUGACAAGUAACAAAACACUGAUAGACAAGGACAGUCACACAAAUGUGAAAUACGAUAUACAAACAAUACAACAAAAAAAUUAUACAAACAAUGCGUCUCCCGAGUGGCGCAGUGGUCUAAGGCACUGCAUUGCAGUGCUAGCUGUGCCACUAGAGAUCCUGGUUCGAAUCCAGGCUCUGUCGUAGCCGGCCGCGACCGGGAGACCCAUGGGGUGGCGCACAAUUGGCCCAGCGUCGUCCAGGGUAGGGGAGGGAAUUUCCGGAAGGGAUGUAGCUCAGUUGGUAGAGCAUGGCGUUUGCAACGCCAGGGUUGUGUGUUCGAUUCCCACGGGGGGCCAGUAUAAAAAAAAUAAGUAUAUAUAUAUAUAUAAUGUAUGCACUCACUAACUGUAAGUCGCUCUGGAUAAGAGCGUCUGCUAAAUGACGUAAAUGUAAAAAUAUUGUGUGUCUGUGUGUGCAUGUGUUUGUGUCCCCUCAGUCCCUGCCAUUCCAUGAGAUGUUUAAUCUGUUUUUUAAAGGUAAUUUAGCUGUUUUGUUGAGUAAUUGGAGAUGGAAGGAAGUUCCAUACGAUCAUGGCUCUAUAUAAUACUGUGCGUUUCCAUGAAUUCUGUUUGGACUUGGGGACUGUGAAGAGACCCCUGGUGGCAUGUCUUGUGGGACAUGAAUGGGUGUCUGAGAUGAAUGUUAUUUGAUUAUGCAGACAAUUUGGAAUAUUCAUUACAGUAAUAUUUCUCAUGAAAACUAGAAGAGAAGCAGUUAAUCUCUCGUCAACCAGAAAAGACUGGCAUGAAUGUUGUUAGUUCUGUGUGUGCUGUUAAGGGCAAGGUGUGCUGCUCUGUUUUGAGCCAGCUGCAGCUUUGCUAGGUCUUUCUUUGCUGCACUUGACCAUAUUUCCAGACAGUAAUCAAAAUGGGACAAGACCAGAGCCUUAACAUCUAGUACAAUUGAUUUUUGUGUCAAAAGCGCAGAACAUCUUUUGAUAAGACAUACUCCUCCCCAUCUUCACAACAACUUUGUCAAUAUGACUUGACCAUGAUAAUUGACCAUCCAAUGUUAUACCUAGGAGUUUUGCUUCCUCAAUUUGCUCAAUGGUUACACCCUUUAUGCACAACUAGGGCUGUGGCGGUCACGAAAUUUAGUCAGCUGGUGAUUGUUAAGCAAAUAACUGUCAGUCUCAAGGUAAUUGACGUUAAUUAACAUAAACACAUUUAGCAUCUCCUGGCUUCCACACACGGCCUACAAGCCACUGAUGCAGACCUUUGGAACCUCUACAUUUAAAAAAGUAUAAUAAGUCCUUGUAAUAUAGCCUACACCUUCACAAUAAAUCCAUUAUUUAUUUUAGACAGAUCUAAAGAAGCAUGAUAUGAAGAAACUGUAGUCUAUUUCAGAAGAACAGAAUAGCAUACUCUGAGUUGUCCUUAUGUUAGGUCCUGAUCUGGCUAUGCCAAAUGGCUGUGGGCUACACUAGUUAAUUUAGCAGACAAGAUUUGCUUAUAAUUCCAUGGCAUUAUUUUAUAGUAUGAAGAAUACAAUUGAACAAAGCUGAAUAAAAUAGAAAGGAUCAUUUCUCCAAACGGUUUGAGGGUGUGUGCCACAUGCGGCUAUUCUGUGUUGAGCGGUUAACAAAGAAAAAGGUACUCCUAUAUGCUUAAUUUAGAGUUAUUAAUGUAACUUUAGUUGUUCUAUAAACGUUGGGCUAUAUGUUUUGACAAGCACUUGAUAAUGCCUCGAAUUUCACGGCGGCAUCCCCUUUGUGUGGCCGUAAUGCACCCUAAAAAAAUCCAUGCCUUUUGCGGCCAGUGGCCGUUGUGCCCUUGGCCCGGAGUGCUGUGUUGUGCCCUUCUCCUUGAGUGCUGUGCGCUCUGAAGCACCUCUCACUCACAUCGCUCUCCAUCACGUGAUCAGGUCUUUCUCACAGGCUACAAGUGAAGACAGACACAUCGGGGAGACGCAACCGCGCACGUCCUUAUCCAAUUCCGAGGUGCAUAUUGAAGAUAAUGGAAGAACUGUCCACAUUUACUUUUCGUCAGCCAACAAGAUGAGUAGGCCUAACGAACAGCAAAAGCACUAGCCUAUGUCAAUCUACUGUGACCUAUUCUGUGCGAGAAAUAAAUAUUCCAAACAUAGUGUGGGACAGUUGUGGGAUGCAAUGGAUCCCAAAUUAACACAACCACUAGCAUCCCAAAAAUGUUUUACGCAAUGUGGCUGACUCAACAGAUCAGAACGUUUAGCUUUAAAUGUUGAUUAACUAUUCAGCUAUUUCUUCACAUUAUAAGCGCCGCAAUGCGCGCAUGGCAGUAGGCUAUAAGCACGAAUGUUACAUUAUCGGGAAAACAUCAUUAUCAAAAGUGAUCACAAAUGCGAUUAUGAAUGUAAUGCUUUUAUUAUAAAGGUGCAUUCUUAUGGUGAAAAUUAUCUUCCCCAAACUUGAAACUCACGCGCUGCUUAUGUAUGCCAGUUAGGCUCUACACACCUUGUAACGCUGAUUCAUGUGCUUAAUUUUAAAGAAGUUAUUUGGCCACUUAUCAAAACAUAUAGGCCUAUGGGCUAGGCUACAUGAGGUGUGCGACUAAUCGAAAAAGUAAUGCAAAAAAAAAGCAUUUGUUUCUUGCCUUAUGCUGGGCAUCAUUCACAAGUGAUAAUAUAUAAUUCACAAGUGAUAGGCUAAUAUUGUCACCCAUCAGACUAUUGUUGAUUUAAUCUUCUCUUUACAUAUACUAAAUAAUAUGUGUGAAAUUUGUUUUGAUUUAGAAUGGACCAUUAUCAUGCACCUGUCUCGAAAAAGGCAGCGGGAAAAAAUAAAUGUAAUCUAUGCACUUAAAUAGCGAAUGGAGGAUGCUUUUCCCAUGAUUCAUUUUCAUACCAGCCAGGUAGGCUAUACUCCUGUUGUAAAGAUAAGCAAUGUGCUUAAUAUUAGGAAAGUUGAGAAAUAAAUAUAGUAGGCCUAGCCUAUAGAAAGCUGAUGGGAUCCUCCUCUUUUUAAUAGAGGCCAUCACUCUGUUUUCUCGCGCAAUUGCAUAGCCUAUAGAAAUGUUGCGCAACAAGAGCUCAUGGGUUCUCAUGAAGUGGUUGAUUAGAUUUUCAAAAUACAUUUGCAUUGAUGUCAGAGUGAUUAGAGGGACAAUAGUGCUGAGUACCAGGCAGUUAGCAUGUUUGGUAGGCUACUAAUGACCAUCAGCAGCAUCAGAGCUUGGAGAAGCCUAAUUACCGUGACUAAACGGGUAGCUUAGUGGUUAAGAGCGUUGUGCCAGUAACCGAAAGGGUCACUGGUUCUAAUCCUCGAGCCGACUAGGUGAAAAAUCUGUCGAUGUGCCCUUGAGCAAGGCACUUAACCCUAAUUGCUCCUGUAAGUCACUCUGGAUAAGAGCGUCUGCUAAAUGACUAAAAUUUAAAUGUAAACGGUCACGUAGAAUUUUUUAUCAAUUUCUUUUAACCAAUCAUCUGUCAUCUUAGUCAAUGCAGUACACGUUGAAUGCCCGUAUGCAUGCUGAAAGUCAGUAGUUGUUCUCUGAAAAAUAGCAUUGUAUUUGGUCAAACACAAUUCUCUCCAUCAGUUUACUAAGAAGAGGCAGCAAACUAAUUGGGCGGCUGUUAGAGCCAGCAACAGGUGCUUUACUGGGUUGUUUUUGGCAGUGGACUUACUUUAGCUUCCUUCCACGCCUGUGGACACACGCCUUUCGGAUUUGGUUAAAGAUAUAGCAAAUAGGGGUGGCAGUACAGUCUGCUACCAUUCUCAAUAGUUUCCCAUCAAGGUUGUCUAUACCUAGUGGCUUAUUGUUAUUGAUGGAUAACAAUAGUUUUUCCACCUCUCCCACACUAACUUGACCAAAAGAAAGUGUGUCCAUUUCAGAGAAACGGAAAGUCACCCACUAAAAAAGGCAGGCCAAAGAAGCUUGUAAUAUAAACUUAAUUUUCAUGCCGCUCCCCCGCAGGACCGUGUACCCUUCAAUAACUCAGACCCGACACACAGACAGUGUCUUAUAGAGGGGGAGUUUGUUGUAUUGUUUGGUUAGUUGAACAUUGAGAUUGUCUUGCGCGGGGCACUGCAAAUAGCCUAACAAAUCACUGGCCACCAAGUGCAACACAACAGAUAAGGUGUAUUAACCAUCUCAAGAUAAACACAUCUUCCAGAGUUGAAACUUUUCAGUUGUCGGGAAACGUGUGACAUGAAAAGCACACUUUAUUUUGGGUUUACGCUUAUUGCCAUUGACAUCUAUUGUAUUAUCCAAUGCAUUUUGUAGUCACUGAGUCAUGGGUUUUCCUCGAGAAGAGGGGGGGAAACGCUUAGCAUUUUUUGUGUUUGUUGGACUCUCAGGAGGUACAGGAGGCUGAGAAGGAGAAGAAAGAUGAGGAGAAGGAGAAGGAGAAGGAGAAGGAGAAGAAGAAGGAGCCCGAGCCCAACUUCCAGCUGAUGGAGAACCCAGCCAGAGUGAUGCCCGCCCAGCUCAAAGUGCUCAACAUGCCCGAGACGUGCCGCUACCAGCCCUUCAAACCGGUACGUACUGUUGGUGUGCCUGUGUGUGUGUGACUUUUUAAGUGUGUUUCUGGGUCCAACAAUGAAGCUGUCUUUUAUCAGCCAUCUUUUAUUUCAAUUUAAUCUAAGAUUAUAACCCCUGGUUGUUUGGUUUUGGACCGUAUAUCUGACCCCUAUCAUCACCCACUGAGUCUUAACGUUGCCGGCCAAUAAACCACUGGACUCUGGCCCCGUGCAAAGUGUUGACAGGUUUCCACAGUAAAUAAAAUGAGAUAUGCAUUAUGCAGUCACCCGCACACUUAUCGUAAUCCCACUCCUAUAAAGAGGAGUAUCAUCUGGUUACGUGUAAAAUCAACACAAGUCAAGCUAAGACCAAUGCAUCAUGGGUCAUAUCAAAUGACACAGGUGCCUCUUUGCUCUCGUCGGUCUUCUAAAACAUUACACAUUUUGUUUUUUAUAUGCGACCUUGAGAGGUAUUGUUUUAAGACCAGUCAAUCUAUUGUUGCGGGGUCAGGGUGUGCCUCCCACAGAAUGUCCCUCCAUAUCGUGACUAUUUAAUUUCACCUCUUCCAUAGAAGGCAAUCAGAGCACUGUUCCAAAUACCUUGUAGUGUGGUCUGUGAGUAGAUUAGUGUUAGCUUACCUGCCCAGUGAUAAUCUAGGAGUUAGAAUCAAGCCAGUGCAGUGCUCACCUUGCCAGAUGCUUUAGUCUGGACCUGAAACACAUCAUAUCUUAAACAACCAUAUCUAUAACACUGAUGUACAGUGAUAACCAAGCUGCUUGAUGUACAGUACAACCACUGCGAUGGCAAUGUGAUAACUGAGUAUCACUGAGGCAACCAUCCCCUCAAAAUCCUCACAGGCAGACCAAGACUGAAUAAAGACCUGUUCUUUCUUGCAGUCAUGAUAAAUCCCUUCACUGUUAUCCAUCACCUCGUCUGUGGAGUGUUUUUAAAGAUCCUCUCCUCUCACUUCUCGGCUUCAGAGAUUUACGUAGACAUAAGCCUUCUCUGAAGCCUUGUCAAAUGUGUCCAACUAUUGCAUAAGCAUGCUAGUCAGUGUUGACAGUGGAGAGUGGGUGAGAUUUAAACAUUAUGAGGUGCAGUGUGUUCUCUUGAGUUGAUAUUACAAUAUUGUGGGGCAGGCGGGUGAUGUUUGAUGGAUGUACUGCUCAGUCGGGAAGUUAGACAAGGUGUUGGGUGUUAACACAGCACGACACGGCCCCGGAGAUCGAAAAGACUCCCGUCAUUGGUCAAACCGCCUACAGUCGCUCAUGCCAUUGGUCCGUGUCCCCUGUCUGUCUCCAGCUGCACACCGGCGGCAUCAUCAUCAUGAAAGACACCAGCGAGGAAGAUGAGGAGCUGGUGGAGCCCGUCUCCGCCCACGGCCCAAAGAUCGAGGAGGAGGAACAGGAGCCAGAGGCCCCCGAGCCCUUCGAGUACAUCGACGAGUGA